AUGAGCUUUCUAGCCAGAACUGCCAGAGCUGCCUUCCAAUUAUUAUUAAGCUCGUUUUUAUUAUCAGUUCGCUAUUAUGCUACUGAAGCACCGGCUGGUUCAGGUGAUAGACUACGUUUAAGUUUUGCACUUCCUCACCAGACAAUUUAUUCAAAAGCUGAAGUGCAACAAGUAAACAUUGCUUCGACUGCGGGAGAUAUGGGUAUUCUAGCAAAUCAUGUCCCAUCCAUUGAACAAUUGAAACCAGGUGUUAUUGAGAUAUUAGAAAAUCCUAAUACAAGUAAAAAAUACUUUGUUAGCGGAGGAUUUGCCAUUGUCAAUCCCAACUCAUCACUUGAUAUCAAUGCGAUUGAAGCUUUUCCUUUGGAUGAAUUUUCACCUGAGGCCAUUAGAACAAACCUAGCAGAAGCACAACGUGUAGCUUCAACAGCUUCCACAGAAGAAGAAAAGGCAGUAGCUAAAAUUGAAGUAGAGGUUUAUGAAGCACUUCAAGCUGCUUUGGGUAAAACUUCUUAA